UCUUGGUGGUCUCAGUCUGCUGAGCGCGCUUGUCACUGUGAUGCACUCUCCGCUUGGAUUGGCCACCAACACUUUCACUCUUUCGCCGUCAUUUCACCAGACAUUCUUGCAAAGAAAUGCCGCUUCCCGGUAAAAAUGACCUGAGAGACAUCCAUCACGGGCUGUGACGUUGGCGGCAAGUGGGUGCGAAAACGCCGGCGAGAGCUUAACAGAGAGGCGCAGGUGGAUGGCUGGAUUGAUGGACGGAUGGCUGCUUUUCCAAUGAUGGACUUGAUAUGAAAAGGACACUAUUUUUUCCAAAAAUGUCCCCCUUCAGCUGAGAUGUGAUACUUCCUCGCACACUGCACCUGCCAUUGGCCAUAUUUUUGCAAACUUACACGCCCUCUCAGCAGUUAUGGCACUGGAUCAAUGGUCCUUCCUUUCACCUCCACCCAACAUGACCAUCCCUGAACCCCUCUUGUACGACAGCUUCCUCCAGGGGAACGAGUCAAGCCUGGACCUAAACAUGACAGGCGAGAUGAGGGAGCCUCACCAGGACAAGACCAGCUCAGUCGUGAUCACCUUCAUCUACUUCAUAGUGUGCGCCGUGGGGCUCUGCGGCAACGCCCUGGUCAUCUACGUUAUCCUGCGCUAUGCCAAAAUGAAGACGGUGACCAACAUAUACAUCCUUAACCUUGCAGUGGCAGACGUGCUGUGCAUGAUGAGCCUGCCGUUCAUCGCCUUGCAGCUGGCGUUGGUGCACUGGCCCUUUGGCGAGGUGUUGUGCAGGGUGAUCAUGACCGUGGACUCGCUCAAUCAGUUCACCAGCAUCUUUUGCCUCAUGGUGAUGAGCAUCGAUCGAUACUUGGCCGUGGUACACCCUAUUAGGUCGACAAAAUGGCGCAAGCCCCGCGUCGCCAAGUUAAUCAACCUGACAGUGUGGGGUGUGUCGCUGUUAGUCAUCCUACCUACAAUGAUCUUCAGCGGUCUGGACAAGGUGCCGGUAUGCGGCAUCAUUUGGCCCGAGCCCCAGGAUGUCUAUUACACCGCCUUCAUAUUUUACACCUUCUUCAUUGGAUUCUUCCUGCCCCUGGCUGUCAUCUGUUUGUGUUACCUCCUCAUUAUAGUCAAGGUGAAAUCAUCAGGCAUGCGCGUGGGUUCAACCAAGCGCAAGCGUUCAGAGCGCAAGGUGACACGGAUGGUCUCCAUUGUUGUCGCCGUCUUUGUCCUCUGCUGGCUGCCCUUCUACAUUUUCAACGUCACCUCGGUCACCAGCUCCAUUAACCCCACGUCUGCCGUGAAGAGCACCUUUGAUUUUGUGGUGGUGCUCGGCUACGCCAAUAGCUGCGCCAACCCCAUCCUCUACGCCUUCUUGUCAGACAACUUCAAGAAGAGUUUCCAGAAGGUCCUGUGCCUGAAAAAGGUGGCGGGCUUGGAUGAGAUUGAGCGCAGCGACAGCAGAGCUGACAGGAGCCGGAUGGUUAACAACGCAUUAAUCAUCAACGCCAACUUGGAGGCUCACAAUGCAGCGCUCCUCAAUGGCGAGCUGCAAACCAGCAUUUGAGGGCACUUGGAACAGCUUGAGAUAGUCUGCCACCGAAUACUACUGCAGGGAGUGAUGUAAUGGACCUUAUGGACUCCGGCACAUGAAAUAACAGAAAUCUAAACAAUUUCACAACAGAGGCCAGAGAAAGUACACUGACCCCAGCUCAUGACUGUUUGAGCAGAUGAGGCAACAUGAUCUGGUUGACCCCGAGCACAAAAUAACACACAGCAAGCCUGUUGACUGACAUCAAACAUUAGUUGGACCAAUGCUUACGUCACUAACUUGGUGCCACAGUGGAAACUAGACCCAGUCCGGCUUGUAUUGAGUUGUUCUCUGUGGUUUUGCUGAUAGAUGGGCGACUAUACUGCUUAAUGGUGUGUGUGUGUGUGUGUGUGUGUGUCCGAGGGGGGAGAUGUUUGGAAACCCAAAAGUCAUUAGGCACUGUUAUGGUUAAAUGGGAGACAUGCUGAGAAAGCCAAACAUUUUAGCGGAAGACAGCCAGCAACUCUCCAAAGAUAAAACUGAAAACCACAAAAAAAAUAAAUAAAUAAUGCUUUGUGGUAAUGAUCUGUUACACCAGCCGAGCCUUUAGAAGAUCACCAGAGCAACAAAUGGCAAACUCCUCACGACACCAUGUUAUUUCCCAAUAAUGAAAAACGCUGGCGGCUAGCCGAGGGAUGCCGCACUGAUCCCUAACUCUUCAAUGGCCCGGUGGCGAAACAAAUUGGCAGCCGAGGUGACCUCGCUUGAUUCAAAACAGUUUGGUCAUGUAAAUAGGGACGUGCUUUUCGCCAACCUGGCGCAUGUGUAAACAAACACACGGGUUGGCCGACCAUUUAAGGUCAGGAAAAUUGUGUCCGGCUGUGGCACAUGGAACGUCUCACAAUGUAUCUCAUCAGUGUACAGGCUUAUCAUGCACGGCACACUUUUCAUACGGUUUAACUAUGAUUACGCUAACACAGGGUCAACAUUCUC